AUGGGGCUGUCUCGAGAUGCGGAGCCAUUGUCGUUGCCGGUCGUGAGCCAGGAAGCAUUCUUGAACAGUGGCAUCGAACAGCAGGGACGACAGAACAACGAUCAAGGUUCCUGCCAUCAACCACUGAAUGAGGGAGGAAGCACUCAUAAAACUCCGAAUACAGAGCUUCUCAGCCUGCCAUUUGAACUCCAACAGAGGAUUCUGGAAUAUGUCUUCGCAAUGCCCUCCCCUGGAAGUUUUCCGCCACGCAGAUCCCCGAUCGCUUAUGGCAAGACGCCAUCUUCUUCCAGGUAUCUGACCACACUUCUUCUCUGCCGCCAGAUUUACACACAGGCUCGCCUGCUGCCGUUUCGGACGAAUCUUGUUAGCUGCCCGGCAACCUUUGGGUCCAACACAACGACAACGAGACGAUUCCUAAAGUCGCUGCGGAGUUUCCAACGAAACGCCAUCAGAAGACUGGAGCUGACCCUUCUGGCGAGCAUGGUAGACACGUGGUCCUUAAUAUCGAUCCUCAGACUGCUAGCCAAUGCCGCUGGCGAAAACGAGCUCCAAGAUACACCGUCGGGUCCAACUCCAGCGCAGGACCAAGAAAGUGCGAGAGAAACUCCCCUGCAAGCUCUCACCAUCAACAUCGGCACCCGAGACCUGUACUUGGCACAGGCAGAAUCUCUGACCGGACUGACGCAUAUGCUGGAUCUAUCAACUUCUGCUCCGACGUAUUUAUCCUGCGCCUCGUGGGUAAUUGAUGGACUGGUGCAUCUGAAAGCCCUUAGAAGAUUGACCAUCGUUGUGGAAAUGAGUGGUGCUGUUGCACAGAGACUGGAGCCGUCAAGAAAAGAUCAAUUCCAGCAAGUCUUGGACAGCUCUUUGCCCUGGGUCUCUGAGAUCAGAGUCGAGUGGAAAGUAGUGGACGACCGAGUGGCGAAGACAGAUGACAAUGACUGGGUCGAUUCUUCGUGGUCCCAUGAGCAGGCGGCAAUGCUGUUCACCCAUGGCGCAUCUCAUGAUGCAUACGACGAAGAUCUUGUCGCGGAGGAGGCUAGAGUAGUAGCUGGCUAA